AAAAAAUGCGGAUCUUGUCCAGUCCGGAUUACUAUCGCAUUAUCAGGUGACUGUGCACUUCCUGCUACAAACUUUAAAAAGCAAGUUUCACAAUUAUGAUUCAUGUGAGGUCGGACAGAGGCCACAACGUUAAACGGUCUGAAGCUCACAGUCACAGGAUUAUUACAGGGAUGAAUCACAAUAAAACAUCACAGACAAGUGACCAGUCAAGGAGCACACGUGCACGAGCACAGCAUAAUUUCCAUUAGCCUACCAGGGAAGAAACUGACUUGUCAUAAAGUCACUGUGGUUGAAAGCUUAUCAAGAUGGAGGCGGCACGCCGGGACAAAAACCUCGAACACAGCUGCAAGAAAUGAAGAGGAGUCCUGAAUUAUUGCAGCAGAAACACACGUAAGAGAUCCAUGAGCUGCUGAGAUGGAGGAAGCGUACAGUGAACUGUACCAGCAGUUUCUUCACCUGAGGUCACUUUGCCUGAGACAGGCAGCUCUGUUACAUAAACUCACAACAGCUUUGCAGAAACAGCAAGGCUCCACUGUUCCUAACGGAGAGUUGAGUGAUUUGAUGUCCAUCCCAGUGCAGUGUACCCAAGAAUUACCCAAAUAUCUCCUUGAAAAGCCUCAGCUGCUAACAGCUACAGCACACGGCCCUGCAGCACAGUGUGGGGCUGACCACCUCCGUAGAAAUGUGGGGACUUUCUCUGAUCUCCUUGCUGAAGAUAUGUCCAAGCUCUGUGUGGAUGGGCCUCAUCGGAGGAAGGAAAAUCAGGAGAUGGUGCAAAAUAUCAAACCCCUGUUGAGCCUGGACUCCUUGAAGUGGCAAGGUGCCCCUUCCAGUGUCUCGAAAAAUGCGCUGCAAGCAGAUCAUCAUAGCAGAGACCGGACGAUGUACACAGCGAGGAUAUCUGCACCACCCUGCCUGGUCGAUGAUUUCCAGAGUCCACCUUACGGGAUGCUGAUGUCAGACGUGGCGCUGCAGUCUCAUGUUUGUGAUUUCUGCCAGGCGGUCUUUCCCGGGGACACAACCACCAAAGGAGAGUUCUUAAAACACCUUACCACCCAUGUGACCUAGACUGAACUGUCUUUUCCACCUGACAUAUAAGUUUUCAUGUGCUAUGGUGUAACGACGGAGCAGAUAUAAGUCAGUUUAUCUGAUCUCUGAAACCACCAUGAAGUUGGCGUGUGGAUGAACUGUGCAGAUGCUGAUGCUAGUGUCAUUUUCUCAGCCUGAGAUGCAAAGUGACGGGUGGAAAUACAUUUUAUAUGCCUCAGAUUUAUGCCUAUGUGUUGCAAUAUUGUAUGUUGUAUUAUAUAAACACAAAUUACAAAAUCUGUUCUUACAUCUACAGUACUAGUCUCUGCCCUACAUGCCAAAUACAUGUAUGUGAAUAGUAUUUUGUUUGUGAUGGGAGUCACAGACCUCUUCUGUUCAGUUGAGUAUUUUCAUCCUGCAACCACUACAUACUACAUACCUGUUAUUAAAGGCAGUCGUGUGCACUGCUUGUGAUUGUCCUCAGAUGCUUUAAUGUAGCCAAUAAUAGUUUGGUGACUACAAAAACGCUGCUCUGCAAUAUGAUGUUGAUAGAGGAGUGACACUUAGACACAAAGUAACUUUUUGCAUCAUUAACCCGUUAUGAAAUAAGUUCAUUAGUACUGACCAGUGAAUAUUGCACCUUCGUGUAACUGUAGCCUUUGUUUUAGAUG